UGUCCCUAAAAUGUUAUAUGAAAUUACAUUUCUUCGAAAUUUUUUAUAAACUCCGUAUUUUGAAAAAACAUUUUCCAAUUAUCGAAUUUGAAGAAAAUGUCAUAAAUAUUUUUAUUUUCAAUCAAAAGACAUUCCACCCUUGAUAAUAGAAAAAUAAUUUUUUCAAUACAACAAUCCCUCCCUUCUCUAUGUAUCGCACGGUUUAUCAAAAAGGCUGUUUUUCAGUCUUAUACAGCGUUGGGGGACAGCCAUUAUCCAAUUGGUCCAUUCAUACACAAAAUGGUUAUGUGAAAAGGAUUAUGGACGAAGACAUCAAGUCGAUGGUAUUGGAAAUAAUGGGCACCAAUGUAUCGACCGUGUAUAUAAGUACGCCUCGUGAGCCCAAGAAAGAGUUAGGCAUUAAGUUGCCAUUUUUGGUAUUGCUCAUUAAGAACAUGCACAAAUAUUUCACUUUCGAAGUAAAAAUCAUCGAUGAUCAACGUUUUGUACGUCGUUUUCGUGUUUCCAAUUUUCAAAGUAAAACUUCUGUGAAACCUUUCUGUACUUGCAUGCCCUUGGGCAUGUCACCUGGAUGGAAUCAAAUUCAUUUCAACUUAGCUGAUUUUACCCGCCGGGCAUAUAACACCAAUUACAUGGAGACUGUUCGUCUGCAGAUACAUGCAAAUGUGCGCAUAAGGAGAAUUUAUUUUACCGAUCGUCUAUACAAAGAAUCAGAGCUACCCCAGGAAUAUCGCUUAAUGAGAGAGCCAAAGACUAAAGGGUCCACAAUGUGGAAUGCACCACCGGCAGCCAGGCCACCUUCACCACUUUCCAAUCGAGAUGCUCAGACUGAGACAUUUGAAAUGGACGAAAAUCGAGUAGAAACAAUUAAAGGAGACUAGGAAUUGGUAGUAUUGGCAAAACUCUAUUCAGUUUCAAUAUAUUGUAUAGAAUAACUACGGAACAAUGUCCAAAAAAAAAUAUUUAAUUCUUCAAAAUCUUAUGGAAAAAUUGUUAUUGUUAA